AUGAAACAAUUAUUACCAAUCAUGUUCAUGAUGAUGGUGUUGAAUGCCUUCAUCCUCUCAUCAAAUAGUGUUGUAUAUGCUUCAUCCCGAUCCGAACUUACUUCUCUCCCGCUCUUGCAAGGAAAAUUUUCUGAAAAGCAAUAUACUGGAUUUGUGGACAUUCCGAGCUCUACACAACCACAAAAGAAAUUGUUUUAUUGGUUUGUAACUGCAAAGAAAGAUCCUCUCCGAUCUCCGGUGGUGUUAUGGAUGACUGGAGGACCAGGAUGUUCUGGAUUGUUGGCAUACAUGACUGAGCAUGGUCCCUAUCAACUCAACCAAGCUGGAAAUAUGCUCAUUGAGAAUCCAUAUUCAUGGAAUCAACAAGCAAAUAUUAUUUAUUUGGAACAACCAUAUGGAGUUGGAUACAGUACUGCAAAUCCUGUCAAUUCCACAAGUUAUCCUUCAGGUGACAAGGAAAGUGCAAGAGAUAAUUUGAGUUUUAUUGUGACCUUUUUAUUUGAACUUUUUCCUGAAUAUUCUAAAAAUGCAUUCUUUGUGAGUGGUGAGAGUUAUGGUGGUAAUUAUGUUCCACUUUUAGUUAGAGAAAUAUUGAAAUACAAUGCUAAUCAACCAUCAAAAAAGAUCGCACUCAAGGGCCUCAGUGUUGGUAAUCCAACCAUGGAUGGAAAUUUAGAUGCCAAUGGCUAUUUUCCAUUCAUGUAUAAUCAUGCAUUAGUUGGAAGUGAAGAAUUUUUACAAUAUCAAAAAGAAUGUCCAAAUUUUCUGACUCCCUCUCAGAAAUGUCAAGAUAUUAUCAACACCAUGAGAAAUAAUAUUGGACCAAUUAAUCCAUAUAAUAUCUAUGCCAAAUGCUUGGGAAAACCAUCCAUUGGAGGAGCUUGUUUCACACAUCAAAUGGUUUACUCUUCACAACUCAAGAAGAAAGUACCACGACGAGUGAUGGAUUCUCAAACUUAUAUUCCUUGUAUUAAUGUGACCACAACUACCAAUUACUUUAAUCGAAGAGAUGUUCAAUUAGCUAUUCAUGCCAUUGGAGCUAGUGAGAACACAAAAGAAUGGGAUGUCUGUUCGCCUUAUCUUCAAUAUAAUGAUAUUGUAGAUUCUAUGAUACCAGUUUACCAAGAAAUUUAUCAAUUGAAUCCUUCUUUAUUGACUUUAAUUUAUUCGGGAGAUGUGGACAGUUGUUGUCCUUAUCCAUCGACUGAGCUUGCUGUUAUGAAAUUUGGAUUUUCCAUCUCCAUUCCUUACCAUCCUUAUUUCUUGGACAAUCAAGUCGUUGGAUAUAUUAAGGGAUAUAACACAGAAAAAAACAUUUUCUUCGCGACAGUCAAGAAUGCUGGACAUAUGGUGCCUACUUAUCAGCCUGAAGUGGCCUUGAAGCUAUUCAAUGCCUUUUUGACAUGUAGCUUGUCGUCACUCUAA